CAACCUCGCAUCAACACCACCGCAGAUUUACAAUACAAUAGCAAGAGAAACGGGUUGGUAGAGAUUAUGAAAGAUAACUUGUUACACUAUUAAUCAUCAAUAAUCUACUCCCGAUCUUCUCCCCGCCGCGUCACGUCCACCGGCGUCGUCGGAGCUACCCCACGACAAAAUGUCCAUCCGAGUCGAUCUGGAGAACCAACCUCCGUUUUAUACAAAUCUCGAUACAAUAAAAGGGCAGUUGACAUUACAUCUGAACAGGGCAGAGCAGGUCGGAAGCAUUGUUGUGAAGCUCGAGGGAGAGGCGGUCACACGACCCCAGGUCCGCGACAUAUGGGGACCAGACGGGACGCAAAAGGACGAGUCGCUGACGACGUCGACAAUGGCUACUGAAACCCAUAAGAUUCUGUACAAGAUUCAACAAGUAUUUCCUGACGAGUACCAUUCGAGCGACAACAGCCCGUAUGGGUCGUAUCCCCUCCAACCCGGCCAGCACACGUUCCCGUUCAACUUUAAGAUCCCAAUCAACAACUUGUGCAGUGAUCAGGAUGCCAUGAUGUCGCUAGGUAUUGCUAGCGUGGGCAACAUUGGCAAUACGGGCUUGUUUGGUUCCCGCGGAGCGAGGGUGAUGGACGGAACAAGACAGCUAUACCUACGCCAUGUCACGCAGACGCUACCCCCGACAUUUCGAAAUCUCAAUGACGAAUGCGAAAUCCGAUAUUAUAUCAAAGUAACUGUACAGCGGCCUGGGUUUCUGAAGGAGAAUUGGAGAUACCUGGUCAACUUCCGGUUUAUGCCUAUUGAGCCGCCUCGUCAGCCACGCAGCGGACAAGAAGCCUAUGCUCGCCGGCCGUUCACUUUUAAACCGACCUUGCUAUCCGACGCCAAAAGACGAGGCUCUCUACUUCCAAAUAGCAAAUCCGACAAGGGAGGUUCGGCAUCGAGCGAUGAAAAUACGAUGCCCCAGUCUAUCGAACUGUCUGCCCGACUGCCACAUCCGUCAAUCCUUACUUGCAAUAAGCCCCUACCUCUUCGAUUAAUCACAAAACGACUCGUGUCAAAUAGUGACAUGGUAUACAUGACAUCGCUGCAGAUUUUCUUAAUUGGUUCGACAACUGUGAGAGCACAAAACGCUGUCAACGAAAAGUCCAACCGAUGGGUUGUAUUUUCUGCGGCGGAUUUGAACGUACCCGUUCUUACACAGAAUAAUGUCGCGAUUGGCACCGAGUAUGUCAUCCCAGACGAACUGUGGAAGCAAAAGCCGCUUCCAAAUACCGUGCCACCUUCCUUUAUUUGCUGUAACAUCACGCAAAAGUACUCGCUACAAAUACAAGUAUCACUGAGGCUAGGUAACGGAGGCAAAAAUGGCAAAGGAACGGGAGAGAUUAUUACUCUACCAUUGAACUUUAGCAACGUCGACGUUUACUCUGGCGUGCCUCCGCCGCGAGAGCUUGCCAAUGCUGCUGUAAAUGCACAGCCGCCACUGCCUCCAAGAACAUCAGUUUCCGGCGCAAGCACUGCUGGUCCUAGUAAUGGGCCUCCAUUGCCACUGAGGCCACAUCAAACGAACCAAGUCUACCAGCAACCGACAGUGAGCGAUAGUCCUGGCGAGUUUCUUGAUGCGCCUCCGAGCUACAGCGAGGCCAUGGCUGCGGGAGCGUCGUCACCAUUCGCUAGUGAAGAACAGAGACCUCCGUAUAGCGGGCCCCCUCCUUCGAAUACAUCUGGGCCUAUGCCCCCUGAGAAGAACUGAUUUGAUUUGGAGAUCGCUGUGGUGACAUACAUGUACCUCGGGACGAGCACUGCCGGCGCAUUUCUUUUCUAGUAGACAUCCGCUUCGGCUGAAAAUUGACGAAUAAUGAAUAUUAAUAGAACAUCGUUGCUACGAAUCCCCUAUAUUUUAACAUUAAAAAAACAUUCUUAUCUCUUUAUUGUCCCA